AUGAAUUUGUCACAUCAGUUAGUUGCGGUGAAUGUGAUGAAGUACUCCCAGUCACCGGGCACACCAAUCGCUGGCUUUUCAAUUACAAACUUUUUUAACGUUAUUUCCAGCCAACGCUAUUUGUGCUUGUGUGAUGCAAAUGCCCAACUUCCUUUGAUUCCAAAGAAGUGCAUUUUGUUCUCGCUGAUUACAAUUCUCCACUCCUGUUCGUUCGAAGCACUUGGCGCAAAUCUGAUCUUUUCGAGUAUUUUGAGAGUGAACUUCUCUGGUGCGUUUUCCAUGUUGUAUUUGGUCUUUGCAUUUCGAAUGUAA